AUGGAGAAACUUCAAACUGACGACAUGCGCAACAUGCUUGAUGCCGUCGACGAUCUUCGCUCAGUGGGCAUCAACGAUAUCAUUCCACUGCCUCAGAUCGUCGUGUGCGGUGAUCAAUCAUCCGGCAAGAGCUCACUCUUGGAAGCCUUGACAGGCAUACCAUUUCCUCGCGAUGCUGGCCUCUGCACUCGCUUCGCUACCCAGUUCGUCCUUCGUCACGCCAAGAAGGUUUCCAUCUCCGUCAGCAUCAUACCUGGUACGAAUCGCACCUCUGAAGAAGAUCGCAAGCGCUUGGAGGACUUUGGCCAGGGAAAGACCUUCGAGCCAACCAAGCUAGCAGAGCUUGUCAACGAGGCCACUCAAGUUAUGGGCCUUCCGCCUCUCUCUGCAAACCCGAACGACCGUCGUGCAUUCUCUUACGACGUGCUCAGCAUCGCAAUCUCUGGGCCUGAUCGCCCUUCAAUCACACUGGUUGACACGCCUGGUCUCAUCAAGUCCAAAGGAAAGUUUCAAUCUGCUGAGGACAUCAAGACAAUCGAGAAGCUGGUCAAGUCAUACAUUGAUCAAGACAGCACCAUCCUCCUCGCUGUCCUUUCUGCUACGUAUGGUCACGAACUCCAGCAGAUACCUUCGAUGAUCAAUAAGGCUGCCGUCCGUACACUCGGUGUCAUUACCAAACCUGAUGGCCCUGGAUCAGACAGUGCACUAGAGUCGGCAUACAUGGAUUUGGCUAGAAAUCAGGAGAUGCCUCUGGGUCACGGCUGGCAUGUGGUCAAGAACAGAUCAGAAAAGGAGAUGCACUUCUCUGCAUCGGAACGCGACCAAGCUGAAGACACAUUCUUCUCUGGAAGCAAGUGGAAGGACUUGGGCUACAACAACAUCGGAGUUCCCGCCCUCAAGGAACGUCUUGCUACCCUGCUCUACAAACACGUUCAGUCCGCCAUACCUCAUCUCCAGAAGAGCUUGAACGAGAAAUUAGAGGAAGUGACCAACAAGCUUGACGAACUUGGUCCAGGUAGAGGCACAGUCUUGGAGCAUCGCGGCCUUCUUGUCGACAUCGCUUCCAAGUUCCAACGUCUCGUUGAUGUCGCCGUCGAUGGCAACUACAAGAAAGACCCGUUCUUUGGCAUGUCCCCACGCAAGCAAUCAGCUGAAAUCGACACCGAUGGUCGUCGCCUCAGGGCUCAUGUACAGGAAGCCCACGGUCAAUUCUCAGUGGCAAUCCGUCGUCAUGGAUCCAGAUUCAACAUCACUCAGACUCCCAGCGAAUGGGAUAUGAACGACAACGACCUGCUUGGUCCUGCCACUUUGAUUUGGCCUUACAAUGGUUACGCAUCAAACCAGACAAAGCGGACUUACGAAGAGUACAUCGCUCAUGUUCACUCAGUCGAGCAACGCUUCCGCGGAGUCCAGCUGUCUGGUGUAUUCAAUCCUGAUAUUGUUGAUGAGCUUUUCCAUGAGCAGUCAGCCCGUUGGUCAGGUCUUGCCAAGGGUCAUAUCUCUAACUUCAAUGAGCAGUGUUUCAAGUUCAUUGGAAAGAUCCUCUCGCAAAUCGCUCCUCGAGACAUAGCCGUAAGACUUGUCGAGAAUGUUCGUCUCAAGCUCGCUCAGCAUAAGAAGGAAGCUCUGCUGGCACUUGAGAGAUUCCUUCUGGUCGAACGCGGUGUGCUCAUGACCUACGACCCGGAGUUUACUGCUACAAUCGAAAGAAUCCGCGCUAAACGUCUGGAGCGCAAGGCUGAUGAAGGCGCCAAGCGUCCUGUUGUUGAACCGCCUGUUGCGUCUGGCAACUUUGGCGGCUCCCCAGCUCGUGUCACGAAGGUUCCAAAGCUUGACAUCAAAAUUCCAAUCAAGGUCGAUGGCUUGGCUGCGGAGGAUGCCCUUACCGUCAGCUGGGUGUACUAUCGCAGUCAGCGUGAGCACUUCGUUGCCUACUUGACCAAACACAUCAUCGAGCCGUGCAUGGUUGAAGCUCUGUCCAAAGCCAUGUCACCCAAGGAGCUCGGAAGCAUGACUGAUGAAGAGACCUACUUGCUGGCUACUGAAGACGAGCAACUGGUUGAAGAGCGCAAGUCUCUCAUCCGUAAGAAGGAGAUACUGGAGCAGGGCAAGGCCAAGUUCGACAUGGCUCUGAAGAAGAAGUGAAGUUAUGGGCUGAGGGCUACGGUAUUAUGGUAUGGUUUUCCACAAAUCUCAGGCUGUGCUAGAAGCGCGUGAC